UAUUGCAUAAUGAGAUCUUGGUUGAAGGUUCAUUUUCUUCAUUGAGAAAAAGAGAUACUUGUGGUACUAGUGGUGUUCGAUGUGACGGGGCUAAUCCUUGUUGUUCAAAAUGGGGUUAUUGUGGAUCAAGUGAUCAAUAUUGCGGUGACGGAUGUGUCGCGGCUGCAAGCGCAGAAGCAGCAUGUAAAACUUCUCCACCUCCACCUCCGCCUCCACCUGUAAGCGGCCUUAAUUCCUGUCUGUCAAGUGUUUCGGGAAAGGUUAUUUACCCAAAUGAUGCUGAUUAUUCGAAGCUUAUUGUCGACGAGAAUAAAUGGAUCCAAUACUAUCCCGUUGCUUUAGUUUAUGCUGCAAAUGUGGCUGACGUACAGACUGCAGUUAAAUGUGCAAAGGCUUCUAAAAUCAAUGUUGCUCCUCGUUCGGGAGGACACUCAUUUGAAAGUUAUUCUAUUGGUGGUAAAAAUGGAUCCCUCGUAAUUGACUUGAAGGAGCUAAACCAAAUCAAAAUCGACAAGUCAUCAAACACGGCAAUAAUCGGUGCAGGAAAUAAACUUGGGACAAUUUAUUACGUACUCAGUCAAGCCGGCUACUUUAUUCCCGCGGGAACUUGUCCUGGAGUAGGAAUUAGUGGAUUGGCAUUAGGUGGCGGUUAUGGUUUUUCAUCCCGUAAAUAUGGUCUCACCGUUGAUAGUGUUCUCUCGAUGGAUAUGGUCGAUGCAACUGGUAGUCUAAUUACCGCUAACUCUGGUCAAAAUUCCGAAUUGUUCUUUGCGUUGCGUGGUGCUGGUGGUGGAAGUUAUGGCGUGGUCACUUAUUUCACAUUCAAAAUUAAUCAAACCCCAUCACAAAUCACUUCAUUUCAAUAUAAAUGGCCAACGAGUUCCGUAUACACUCUUAUACCAGCUCUCGAAUCAUAUGCGCGCUCUGGUACAAAUGACGUCACAUUUAAUUGCGUAUGGUCCAAUACUGGACUAUCAGUCCAGGGUAACUUUAUCGGUCUACAAUCUGAUCUUCCUGCCGCACUCGAUAGUUUCCUAUCAUCUGCACCAGGAUACACCAUUGAAAAAAUUAUCCAACAUAGUUUCUGGGAAUCUGUCGUAUACUUUGGUUAUCAAUCGGAAUCAUUCACCAAAGAUCCAACACUCUUACCAUACAAUUUCAAGUCAAAAUCAUUCUAUGUUGCAGAACCUGGUCUUUCUUCUGCCGGUAUUAAAGCAAUGGGUGAUUUCUUGGCGGCGCCUGCAUGCAAAACAUAUGCGAUUCUUGCUAUUUACGGUGGAGUGAUUAAAUCUGUGUCUUCUGAUGCAAUGGCAUUCAUUCAUCGUGAUCCGUUAUUCUCGAUCGAACUUCUAACGUAUUGGGAUGACGGCGAUAGCAACGCAAAAGCUUGUGUCUCAAAUAUCAAUACAUUCAGCGAUGAUUGGCAAGAUCGAUACGCGUCGCCGUUUAAUUAUCAGAAUUAUAUUGACCGUGAUUUGAAAAAUUGGCAGAACAAAUAUUAUGGAUCAAGUUACCCGAAAUUGGUGAAAGUUAAAGACGAGUAUGAUCCUGAUAAGUUAUUUAAUUUCCCUCAGGCUAUUGGCAAUUAA